CAAAAAGAAAAAGAUGUUAGCAUUUGUAGCUCUGCUCUUUCCCAUUUGUUUAUUCUUAAAUUAAAUAAGUGAAAAUUUAUAGUAUUAUUAGUCUAAAUCGAGAUGAAGAUCCCAUUUGGUGGAUCUUGAAGAAAAUAUGGAAGGAGCUUUUAGGGAAGGAAGGUCAUUGAAGGAAACACCAACAUGGUCAGUUGCAACAGUCACCACUGUUAUGGUUUUUGUUUGCUUGUUUGCCCAACGCUCCAUUUAUCGAUUUGGAAGGUGGUUGAAAAAGACUAGAAGAAAAGCUCUUUUUGCUUCUGUGGAGAAGAUAAAGGAAGAGUUGAUGCUGCUUGGCCUAAUUUCUUUGUUGUUGGGACAAUGUGCAAGGCAGAUUUCUCAAAUUUGUGUUAAUUCAUCCCUUUUCACUAGUAGAUUCUACCUUUGUUCUCAAGAAGAUUAUGACAGUAGUAGUAGUAGUACUAGUGACACAAUCCAUUCCUCCAUUUUCUCUAAUCAUACUACUCUUAUUCCUCCCAAGGGAAUUUAUCAACAAUCACAUCAAUGUGGUGAGGGACGUGAACCUUUUGUUUCCUAUGAAGGUCUUGAACAGCUUCACCGCUUCCUCUUUGUUCUUGGUAUCACUCAUGUUCUCUACAGUUGUAUUGUCGUUGGCUUGGCCAUGACCAAGAUAUACAGUUGGAGGAAGUGGGAAAACCAAGUGAGCUCUGGGGAACAGAACAACUUACAAGUGCCAAAGAAUAAGGAGAUGAGACGACAGUCCACCUUUGCUCUGCAUCAUGCUUCCCAUCCAUGGAGUAGGAGUCGGAUUCUUAUAUGGAUGCUUUGCUUUCUUAGGCAGUUCAGGACUUCAAUUCACAAGUCAGAUUACUUGGCACUGAGAUUGGGGUUUAUCACUAAUCACAAGCUUCCACUUACUUACAAUUUCCACAAGUACAUGGUUCGUAGCAUGGAAGAUGAGUUUUAUGAAAUUGUAGGGAUCAGCUGGCUACUUUGGGGUUAUGCCAUCAUAUGCAUCUUCAUCAACAUACAUGGUCUUAAUAUCUACUUCUGGCUCUCUUUUAUUCCUGCCAUCCUUGUCGUGGUGGUUGGAACAAAACUACAGCAUGUAGUCUCCUCGUUGGCACUUGAAAUUGCAGAGCCGAAGGGUCCACUUAUUGGAUUACAAGUAAAGCCACGCGAUGAAUUGUUUUGGUUUGGAAAACCGAAGAUACUAUUACGACUGAUACAGUUUAUAUCGUUUCAGAAUGCUUUUGAAAUGGCAACCUUUAUCUGGUCCUUGUGGGGAUUGAAGCAACGAUCGUGCUUCAUGAAGAACCAUGCAAUGGUUAUGAUCAGAUUGAUUUCAGGGGUUCUUGUGCAGUUCUGGUGUAGCCACAGUACUGUUCCUUUAAAUGUGAUUAUCUCGCAGAUGGGUUCACGGUGUGGAAAGGCUCUCGUAGCUGAAAGUGUUCGAGACUCACUCCACAGUUGGUGUAAAAGAGUAAAGGACAGAUCGAAACACGAUGCUCUACGAUCUAUAACUACAAGAUCAACAUGUUCCCUUGGAUCAACAAUUGAUGAGGGGGAUGAGAUAGCAACAGUGGCAUCAGUAACUUUAUCUCCAUGUUCCUCUAGAGGCUCAUUUAACCACCUAGAUGAGAAGGUUCUGUCUAAUGAUCACCAAGAAGAUUGCAUUGUUGAAAGUAUAAACCAACCAGGUCAUGAAUUAUCCUUCAGAAACAGUGAAGUUCUGGUCACUGAUACAGAGGAGAUUGUGGAUGAUGACGCAGACAAGAUAGAAACUCUCUUCGAAUUGUUCCAGAAGACGUAAUUUUUUUUCUCAUGCUACACAGUAUUUAUUCUGUACAUUGUACGCGCACCCUCCCCAUACGUUACACUAGCUGCAGAGGGAUAAGCCCUUUUUACAUAAGAAUUUUAUUGUUGCCUUUGCUAUCUCAUCACUUGUCUAUGAUUAAGCUUCUAUUGUGUAACUCAGAAAACGAUUAUACAUCGAUUUGUAAAGUAACAGUCUGAUGAACAUGGAUGAAUUUUAUAAAUAUGGGAAAGCAUGAAAAUUGUAUCCAA